CUCUGCUGAUAUGACGUUAACAGGCGAAGUUUAUACAGUGGACCUCAGUGAGAAGAAUCACCCAAAGUACAAGAGGCUAGCAAGGAUGAUAGAAUUUGAGACAUCGCAGGCCUUUAAGGACGUUCCCGGCUUCCGGCAGGCAACGGUGACAAAUUUUCGCCCAGGCAGCGUGAUUGCUACUGUUGAUAUGAAGUUCCAGAAUACGAGCCUGGAUCAAGGAUUAGACGAGGUCCUUGGAGCAACCCUUCAGCAGUACAUCAGUGAUAAUGGAGGACGUCUCGGUAACCUGAGUGUGAGCCAGGUCGAAGUUGUUCUCCCCCUGACUGUGGAUCAUUGCCAGCCCGAUCCGUGCGUCAAUGGGACAUGUAGAAAUGGUGCAGACAGCUUCACAUGUGUCUGUGACGACCGGUUCGAAGGAGAAAUUUGUCAAACUCCAAUCGGUAUGUAG